AUUGACUACUGUAUAAAUUAGGUAGCUUUUCCACUUCUGGAUGAGUAUUAUCCUUGGCUGAUUUUGUGGGAAUAACCUUAAAAGAUGUAUAAAUAACAAUUGUGCCUCCUAAUCUAAUCCUCUUCUACAUCCCAUUUCUAGCAUUUUUACUUUUUCCAUUGAGAAAAAAAAGAAGUUGUAAAUUGUAAUUAGGAGAAUUAACAACAAUGGCUGGUGGUGGAUUUGAUGAUAAAAGAGGAGCAAGAGCUCAUCUUUAUGAGUAUAAAAUUACUAGCUAUUUUGUUUGUUCUUGUAUUGUUGCUGCCAUUGGAGGUUCUCUUUUUGGUUAUGAUCUUGGUGUCUCCGGUGGGGUAACUUCAAUGGAUGAUUUCUUGAAGAUUUUUUUUCCCAAUGUGUACAAAAGGAAGCAAGAACAUCUCCAAGAAACAGAUUAUUGCAAAUAUGACAAUCAAAUCCUCACAUUGUUCACAUCUUCUUUGUAUUUUGCUGCACUAAUUUCCACAUUUGGUGCAUCACAUGUUACUAGGAAUAAAGGCCGUAAAGCUAGCAUUCUAUGUGGUGCUGUUAGUUUCUUUUUGGGAGCAGUCCUUAAUGCUGCUGCUAAAAACAUUGCUAUGCUCAUUAUUGGUCGAUGUCUUCUUGGAUUUGGCAUUGGAUUUAGCAACCAGGCAGUCCCAUUAUAUCUUUCAGAAAUGGCACCUGCAAAAGUAAGAGGAGCAGUGAACCAAUUGUUUCAACUCUCAACUUGCCUAGGAGUAUUAAUAGCCAAUUUUGUCAACUAUGCAACUGCUAAAAUCCAUCCAUGGGGAUGGAGAUUAUCUCUUGGCAUAGCAACAGUUCCUGCAGUAUUUAUGUUUGUUGGUGGACUUUUUCUCCCUGAGACACCAAACAGUCUCGUAGAACAAGGCAAAUUAGAGAAAGCAAGGGAAGUCUUGGAAAAAAUUAGAGGUACUAAAAAAGUGGAUGCAGAGUUUGCUGAUCUAAUUGAUGCAAGCAAUGCAGCCAGAGGCAUAAAAGAUCCAUUCAGAAACUUACUCGAACGAAAAAAUCGCCCGCAGUUGGUGAUUGGAGCAAUUGCAAUUCCAGCAUUUCAACAACUAACUGGCAUGAACUCUAUUCUAUUUUAUGCACCUGUUAUUUUCCAGAGUUUAGGAUUUGGUUCUGGUGCAGCUUUGUAUUCAUCUGCUAUCACUGGUGGUGCACUUGUUGUGGCUUCACUUAUCUCAAUGGCCUUUGUUGAUAAGUUUGGUAGAAGAGCUUUUUUCUUGGAAGCUGGUGGUGAGAUGAUAUGUGUCAUGGUAGCACUUGCCAUCACUCUAGCAUUGAAAUUUGGACAAGGUGUAGUGCUCCCAAAAGGAAUUGGCAUAUUUCUUGUAAUCAUAAUAUGCAUAUUUGUUUUAGCAUAUGGAAGAUCAUGGGGUCCACUAGGUUGGCUAGUUCCAAGUGAAAUUUUCCCACUAGAAACAAGAUCAGCAGGACAAAGUAUAGUUGUUUGUGUCAACAUGAUCUUCACAGCCAUCAUUGCACAAUGCUUCUUGGUUUCAUUAUGUCACCUCAAAUAUGGCAUAUUUUUAGUAUUUGGUGGUUUGAUUAUCAUUAUGAGUUGCUUCAUAUUGUUGCUCUUGCCUGAGACAAAGCAAGUUCCAAUUGAGGAAAUUUAUUUGCUAUGGGAAAAACAUUGGUUUUGGAAAAGGUAUUGCUCACCACAAGAGAAUGGACUUGAAUUGAAGAAAGAAGAGAAAGUCUAAGAGUUGAUUUGAUGGAUUCUUAGGAAUGAAAACAAUUAGCAUUUUGAUUUUAUUUGUUGCAUCUUUUUUACAUGAAAAAAAAAAGAACUUUGGAAGUAGAUUACAUGUAUGCACUUUGGAUGCCUUUUUAAUCAAUAAUUUCUUCUUCUUUUUUCCCAA